AACGACUUGCAGUGAGCGUCAGGAGCACGCCCAGGAACUCCUCAGCAGCGCCUCCUUCAGCUCCACAGCCAGACGCCCUGAGACAGCAAAGCCUACGCCCGCGCCGCGCCCGGCCCGCCGCUGCGAUGCUAGCCCGCGCCCUGCUGCUGUGCGCGGUCCUGGCGCUCAGCCAUGCAGCAAAUCCUUGCUGUUCCCACCCAUGUCAAAACCGAGGUGUAUGUAUGAGUGUGGGAUUUGACCAGUAUAAGUGCGAUUGUACCCGGACAGGAUUCUAUGGUGAAAACUGCUCAACACCGGAAUUUCUGACAAGAAUAAAAUUACUUCUGAAACCCACUCCAAACACAGUGCACUACAUACUUACCCACUUCAAGGGAUUUUGGAAUGUUGUGAAUAACAUUCCCUUCCUUCGAAAUGCAAUUAUGAGUUAUGUGUUGACAUCCAGAUCACAUUUGAUUGACAGUCCACCAACUUACAACGUUGACUAUGGCUACAAAAGCUGGGAAGCCUUCUCUAACCUCUCCUAUUAUACCAGAGCCCUUCCUCCUGUGCCUGAUGACUGCCCGACUCCCUUGGGUGUCAAAGGUAAAAAGCAGCUUCCUGAUUCAAAUGAAAUUGUGGAAAAGUUUCUUCUAAGAAGAAAGUUCAUCCCUGAUCCCCAGGGCACAAACGUGAUGUUUGCAUUCUUUGCCCAGCACUUCACACAUCAGUUUUUCAAGACAGAUCAUAAGCGAGGGCCAGCUUUCACCAAAGGGCUGGGCCAUGGGGUGGAUUUAAAUCAUAUUUACGGUGAAACUCUGGAUAGACAGCAUAAACUGCGCCUUUUCAAGGAUGGAAAAAUGAAAUAUCAGAUAAUUGAUGGAGAGAUGUAUCCUCCCACAGUCAAAGAUACUCAGGCAGAGAUGAUCUACCCUCCUCAAGUCCCUGAGCAUCUACGGUUUGCUGUGGGGCAGGAGGUCUUUGGUCUGGUGCCUGGUCUGAUGAUGUAUGCCACAAUCUGGCUGCGGGAACACAACAGAGUAUGCGAUGUGCUUAAACAGGAGCAUCCCGAAUGGGGUGAUGAGCAGUUGUUCCAGACAAGCAGGCUAAUACUGAUAGGAGAGACUAUUAAGAUUGUGAUUGAAGAUUAUGUGCAGCACUUGAGUGGCUAUCACUUCAAACUGAAAUUUGACCCAGAGCUACUUUUCAACAAACAAUUCCAGUACCAAAAUCGUAUUGCUGCUGAGUUUAACACCCUCUAUCACUGGCAUCCCCUUCUGCCUGACACCUUUCAAAUUCAUGACCAGAACUACAACUAUCAACAGUUUAUCUACAACAAUUCUAUAUUGCUGGAACAUGGAAUUACCCAGUUUGUUGAAUCAUUCACCAGGCAAAUUGCUGGCAGGGUUGCUGGUGGUAGGAAUGUUCCACCUGCAGUACAAAAAGUAUCACAGGCUUCCAUUGACCAGAGCAGGCAGAUGAAAUACCAGUCUUUUAAUGAGUACCGCAAACGCUUUAUGCUGAAGCCCUAUGAAUCAUUUGAAGAACUUACAGGAGAAAAGGAAAUGUCUGCAGAGUUGGAAGCACUCUAUGGUGACAUCGAUGCUGUGGAGCUGUAUCCUGCCCUUCUGGUAGAAAAGCCUCGUCCAGAUGCCAUCUUUGGUGAGACCAUGGUAGAAGUUGGAGCACCAUUCUCCUUGAAAGGACUUAUGGGUAAUGUUAUAUGUUCUCCUGACUACUGGAAGCCAAGCACUUUUGGUGGAGAAGUGGGUUUUCAAAUCAUCAACACUGCCUCAAUUCAGUCUCUCAUCUGCAAUAACGUGAAGGGCUGUCCCUUUGCGUCAUUCAGUGUUCCAGAUCCAGAGCUCAUCAAGACAGUCACCAUCAAUGCAAGUUCUUCCCGCUCCGGACUAGAUGAUAUCAAUCCCACAGUACUACUGAAAGAACGUUCGACUGAACUGUAGAAGUCUAAUGAUCAUAUUUAUUUAUUUAUAUGAACCAUGUCUAUUAAUUUAAUUAUUUAAUAAUAUUUAUAUUAAACUCCUAUGUUACUUAACAUCUUCUGUAACAGAAGUCAGUACUCCUGUUGCGGAGAAAGGAGUCAUACUUGUGAAGACUUUUAUGUCACUACUCUAAAGAUUUUGCUGUUGCUGUUAAGUUUGGAAAACAGUUUUUAUUCUCUCUUAUAAACCAGAGAGAAAUGAGUUUUGACGUCUUUUUACUUGAAUUUCAACUUAUAAGAACAAAAGUAAAGAUGUUUGAAUACUUAAACACUGUCACAAGAUGGCAAAAUGCUGAAAGCUUUUACACUGUCGAUGUUUCCAAUGCGUCUUCCAUGAUGCGUUAGAAGUAACUAAUGUUUGAAAUUUUAAAGUACUUUUGGACAUUUUUCCAUCAUCAAACUAACAAAAACAGGUACCAGUGCAUUACUAAAUUAAUAUUUAAAUUAGACAUUACCAGUAAUUUCAUGUCUACUUUUUAAAGUCAGCAAUGAAACAGUAAUUUGAAAUUUCUAAAUUCAUAGGGUAGAAUCACCUGUAAAAGCUUGUUUUAUUUCUUAAAGUUAUUAAACUUGUACAUAUACCAAAAAGAAGCUGUCUUGGAUUUAAAUCUGUAAAAUCAGUAGAAAUUUUACUACAAUCGCUUGUUAAAAUAUUGUAUAAGUGAUGUUCCUUUUUCACCAAGAGUAUAAACCUUUUUAAUGUGACUGUUACAACUUCCUUUUGAAUCAAAAUGCCAAAUUUAUUAAGGUGGUGGAGCCACUGCAGUGUUAUCUUAAAAUAAGAAUAUUUUGUUGAGAUAUUCCAGAAUUUGUUUAUAUGGCUGGUAACAUGUAAAAUCUAUAGCAGCGAAAGAGUCUACCUUUAAAAUAAGCAAUAACAAAGAAGAAAACCAAAUUAUAGUUCAAAUUUAGGUUUAAACUUUUGAAGGAAACUUUUUUUUAUCCUUGUGCACUGCAGGCCUGGUACUCAGAUUUUGCUGUGAGGUUAAUGAAGUACCAAGCUGUGCUUGAAUAACGAUAUGUUUUCUCAGAUUUUCUGCUGCACAGUUUAAUUUAGCAGUCCAUAUCACAUUGCAAAAGGUAGCAAUGACCUCAUAAAAUACCUCUUCAAAAUGCUUAAAUUCAUUUCACACAUUAAUUUUAUCUCAGUCUUGAAGCCAUUUCAGUAGGUGCAUUGGAAUCAAGCCUGGCUAUCUGCAUGCUGUUCCUUUUCUUUUCUUCUUUUAGCCAUUUUGCUAAAAAGAGACACUGUCUUCUCAUCACUUCAUUUCUCCUAUUUUGUUUUACUAGUUUUAAGAUCAGAGUUCACUUUCUUUGGACUCUGUCUGUAUUUUCUUACCUGAACUUUUGCAAGUUUUCAGGAAAAUCUCAGCUCAGGACUGCUAUUUAGCUCCUCUUAAGCAGAUUAAAA